AUGAGUAAAACUACCUAAUAUAGUCGCAACAGUAAAUACAAAAUGAAAGAAGCUAUUUAAUAAAUAUCUUAAUGUAUCAGCACUAAGAGUUACUAAUCUGCCAACAAAUUAUUGGAAGAAAAGAAGAGAAGUGCAUCCUUAGCCAACCAUUCAUAUUAAAACAUUCCUAAAUCUGCUACAAAAGAGAACAAAAGGUGUUUUUCAGUUAGCUUGGAUUUUCUGGAAACUUUAACGAUAGAAAAUCCAACUGUUUAGGAAUUAUUAAAAUAACUUAACAUAGAUGAUUAAAAUAUUGAUAUCAAACAAAUAAUUAGGGAGAAUCAAGAUUAUUUUCACCAUCUCUAACGUAAUCUUUUAUCUUAUUAAGAAAAUUGCGCUUGUUUCAGAUGUUCAUGUUGUAAUUGUAAAUGCAAUUAUGCAAACAAUGCAAAAUUGGUUUACAAAUCAGGAUAUAACACUUCCUAUAAGAAGAGCUAUAAGUUCGGGUUAAGCACCUCCUCUUUUUACACUCCAGAACUGAAUUUACGAUAUUAUGAGUAAAGGCCCAUCCAGACCCCAUUUCUUGAAAUGCAAACUUAACAACGCAAGGCUUUCACUGCACAUCCCGUUCAGUAAAGAUACAAACGAUAAUACAAGAAGAAUUCAGCAUCAAGAUAGUUUUUGUCUACCACCACAUAUCAAAAAAUGUAUCCUGAUUGGAAAGAUCAUGAUCCAAAUAGGAAGAUUGAUGCUCCUCAACAUAUAAGCACCCAUUCAGGAAUCCCUAUCUUGACAGUUACCAGCUAUAAUAAAGAUUAUACAAAGACUCGCCCCAAGACCUCCAUUCCCUCAGCUUCGGAUGUUAAGCAAAUGCAACAUCAUUAAACAUAUGCUCAUAUCACUCCAAACUAUUUUGAAACAACCUACAAUUCUGAUUUUUAAAAACAUCAUCAGAAUACUUACAUUAAUUCAAAAACUGAACCCAACAUUGAGGUCUACGUACCUUUACGAGGCUUGUCUUAUGAUACAGUCAAUAAAAAGGCAUUUUAGAAUGGACACAUCAUCACAGAAUGCUAAGGAACUAAAAUGAAAAAAAUCUUAAAGUUAAGAAAUCAAAGUGCUUCCGUCCUCAAUGCUUAUCUCAAUGAAAUAUAUCAAAAACAAUGA